AUGCCCGUUAAGAUUUCAAUUUUCCAGUCUCUUGCAUUUCUUUUUAACCGGUUUAUCCUCAGGCGAUACCGGAAUCCUAAACCAAAAUACCAAAAAUGCCCUUCUUCUCUCCUCCAAUCCGACCUAUCACGCGACACAUUGAUCUUCAACGUAGAAGGAGCUCUUCUCAAGUCCGACUCUCUCUUCCCUUACUUCAUGCUAGUAGCGUUCGAGGCCGGAGGGGUAAUAAGGUCAUUUCUACUCUUCAUUCUCUAUCCAUUGAUAAGUUUGAUCAUGAGCCGCGAGAUGGGUGUUAAAGUGAUGGUGAUGGUGAGCUUCUUUGGGGUCAAGAAAGAUGGUUUUAGAGCGGGAAGAGGAGUUUUGCCUAAGUACUUUCUAGAAGAUGUCGGGCUCGAUAUGUUCAAAGUGUUGAGGAAAGGAGGGAAGAGGAUUGGUGUGAGUGACCAUCUUCCUCAAGUUAUGAUCGAAGGAUUCUUGAGAGAUUACUUGGAGAUUGAAGUUGUGGUCGGGAGAGAAAUGAAGGUCGUUGGUGGUUAUUACUUAGGAAUCAUGGAGGAUAAGACCAAACACGAUCUUGUCUUUGAUGAGAUGGUUCGUAAAGAGAGACUAAACACUGGUCGUGUUAUUGGCAUCACUUCCUUCAACACAUCUCUUCACCGAUAUCUAUACUCUCAGUUUUGCCAGGAGAUUUAUUUCGUGAAGAAAUCCGACAAGAGAAGCUGGCAAACCCUACCACAAAACCAAUACUCUAAACCAUUGAUUUUCCACGAUAGCCGUCUCGCAAUCAAACCAACACUAAUGAACACUCUGGUCUUGUUCAUGUGGGGUCCAUUCGCAGUUGUAGCCGCAGCAGCCAGACUCUUUGUCUCUCUUUGCAUCCCUUACUCCUUCUCAAUCCCGAUCCUCAGUUUCUCCGGUUGUAAACUAACCGUCAAUAUCGACGACGUUUCAUCUCAAAAGUUAUACUCAAGCACACGCAAAGGUUGUCUCUUUGCAUGUAACCACAGAACUUUAUUGGACCCUCUCUAUGUUGGAUUCGCUCUGAAAAAGAAAAACAUCUCAACUGUAACGUACAGUUUGAGUAGAGUAUCAGAGAUCUUGGCCCCGAUCAAGACCGUUAGACUGACCCGUGAUAGGGUCAGCGAUGGUCAAGCCAUGGAAAAAUUGUUGACGGAAGGAGAUCUCGUGGUUUGUCCUGAAGGAACCACUUGUAGAGAACCUCACUUGCUUAGAUUUAGUCCUUUGUUCGCAGAGGUUAGUGACGUCAUCAUUCCCGUGGCUGUGACGACACACGUGACCUUCUUCCACGGUACUACGGCAAGUGGCCUCAAAGCAUUUGACCCGCUUUUCUUCCUCAUGGAUCCUAAUCCUACCUACACCGUCCAAUUUCUCGACUCUGUCUCCGGUGUCACGUGUCAAGAUCCUGACGGGAAGUUGAAGUUUGAAGUGGCUAAUCUUGUUCAGGGCAAGAUUGGCAAGGCGUUGGAUUUCGAGUGCACCAACCUCACUAGAAAAGACAAGUAUUUGAUCUUGGCUGGUAAUAAUGGCGUCGUUAAGAAAAACUAAAUUUCUUUUUAGGAUUAUUGAGUGAUAAUUAAUUAUAUAUAUUUCGUUUUUGUGUGUAAGUACUAAAUAGCCAAUGCUUCAUUCAUUUUUCUUUAGUUAUUAAUAAUAUGUACUUACAUGUUACUAUAUUUUUAUUUGUAAUGUACAAUAUAUCUUUAUGGUUUAUAUAAUCCAAAAUCUUAUUUAGAUAAU